UCUAGUUUGCUUUCGCACUCAACCCGCACCUUCGCUUGUUCUUAGUCAAUAGAACUCUCAUUGAUCUUCUUGACACAUGAACCAAUUCCUGGCUCGUCCUGAUAUAUCCGAAAUGAACGUAUGAGUCGGAAUUUUGGCAAUUGUCUCACUGCCAGGACAUCUCCCAAGCGACCUUCCCCUAUUAUAGUACCGCCUCGAACCUAGUCUAUUCCACGUCUGCACUGUCGUUCUUUCGUUUAUAUUAUGUUACAUUUUCUUUCCUAUAGCCUUUGCGAUGUCGCACUUGCAUGUUCUCCUUACGGGAGGGACUGGGUUCGUCGGUACGGCGAUCCUGAAGGCCCUCGAUGAGUAUCAUCCGGAGUACAGGGUCUCUGUUCUAGACUUCAUCUCGGAGUCGCGAUGGGCUCGACCGAAUACCGCAUUCGAUAUUCAAUACUACCAGGCAGAUAUCACCAAUAGACAUCAGGUCUCUGAAGCGAUACACGCUUGCAAGCCAACCAUCGUCAUUCAUACAGCCGGCAUGGUCACGAAGAACAACAGCCGGUACCGUGACCCGAACCCGGAAAUUGUCUUCAGGAUCAACGUUGAAGGGACCAGAAAUGUGUUGGAUGCGGCGAAGAGUUCGGGAGCGACUUCAUUCGUCUAUACUAGUAGCGUGACAAUUGUCACGGACGAUCAAGAUCACGACUAUCCGAACGUGAACGAGACGGUUCCCACCGGAUUCGCGCUGUGUACUUAUGGGCAAUCAAAACUGGCGGCCGAAAAGGUGGUCCUCGCCGCCAAUAGCCCCGAAUUCGCAACCUGCGCCCUUCGUCCCUCGACGUUGAUGGGCCCCGGCGACACCAAUCUCGUCCCUACCAUCCAGCGAUGCAUCGCCGAGUUCGAGACCCCAUUCAUCAUCGGGUCGGGUCUCAACCUCUAUGACUUCACGUACGUCGGGAAUGUCGCGGAUGCGCACGUUCUGGCGGCUGAGAACCUCACACGACCCCAUGCCGACGAUCGAACAGCGGCGGGGGAGGCCAUAUUCAUAACCAAUGGCCAACCCGUGCCAUUUCGAUCAUUCUGUUUGGCGGUCUGGGCCGAAUGGGGGCACGCCCCUCCGUUUGAGAUCCACGUUCCUAAGAGGGUUGCUUGGACUGCAGGUUAUCUAGCAGAAUGGUGGACGUGGAUAAGGGGAACAGAAGCGACUCUGUGUAGAGGGAGCGUCAAGGACUACUGUCAGACAGCAUAUGCUGAUAUCAGCAAGUCACGACGGAUACUGGGGUAUGAGCCUCGUGUUGGAUUACCGGAAGGUAUCAAGAUCAGCUGUGCGGAUCUUAAAAGACGAAUGGAGGAAAACAAGUUAUCCUAGAACCUAGCAAAUCAAUUGUUCUUGUUCAAUUAUGCCGAGGGCACAUCUUCAACUAACGGAUGUGACCGCUCAGUUUCUUUCUACCAGUAUCCCGCCUCAGCGCCCGCGCUUUACCAACCGAGAUGGGCUUGACGACUGUUCCUC